AUGAAUCCGCUCGGUGUUGUUAAUGCUCCGGUUGAUUGUACCGUCAGCUAUUUUAUUGAUGGCUCUGCUAUUAGUUGGGAUAGAGAUAAAGUAGUUUCUGCGUUCUCUUCUCAAGUGGCAAAGGAGAUUUUGAAGAUUCCCAUAAGUAACAGGUUGCCCCCGGACAAAUUAUUUUGGCCGUCGAACAAGAAUGGUCUCUAUACAGUCAAAUCGGGUUAUUACAAAGCCUGUAGUAUUCUGAAUAGAGGGUCUGCUAGUUCUUCGUCAAGCUCUGAUCAUAGCGAUCUAUGGAAAACGAUUUGGCGGGUUUUAGUUCAGCCGAAAAUACGUCAUUUUCUAUGGAGGAUUUGCCAUGGUACGGUGCCUUGCAAAAACAACCUGGUGAGACCGAGCUUCAUAUGCGUUGAAGGAUUGCGAGGAAGUCCGAGAUUUGUGGUUGUUAUCGCCUCUGAGUCUUCGGUUGAUCAUGGCCCAACUCUUUUGUUGGUCGACUGGAUUAGAAGUAUGUUUGAGUCGCUCAAAUCUGAUGAGCUCCAAGCUUUUAUUGUUAGCUUAUGGGUGUUGUGGAAUGACCGCAAUAAUAUUGUGUUCGAUAAUCCUCGUCUUCCGGCUCAGUUCUUGUUUAGUAGUGUCCCUGCUCCUUGUGAUCGUGUGGCUUAUCAACCGGUCCAGUCUCGAGCAAACGCUCCAGCUGUUUGGAUUCCUCCGCCUUCUAGCUGGAUCAAGGUGAACACUGAAGCUGUCGUGGUUAUUCACAAAGAUAUUUCUGUCAUCAGCGCUGUGUGUAGAGUGCAGGACGGUUCGAUGAUGAAAUCUGGGGUUUCUAUUCUGCAUGGAUUGGCAGCUACAACCCAGGUCCACGAUGCCAUUCUAGAAUCUGAUGCCCUUUCUGUUAUUCGGCGUCUCCAGCAGGAAAGCACUGCCAUUGACAAUAUUCAGUUGAUAGCAGAUGAUUGCAUUACGAUGGCAAAGAGGAGUAACGUCGUUUUUUAA